CAUAUUUUGCCAAAACUAACGAGUUUGGAAAAAUUCUCAACAGACUGGAAUUUUAUGCUGCGAUGCACUCAGGUGAGUUUGUUCUGAUUUGUCCGUGUUACUAAAGGGCCAGAGAGCUUGAAUACUGAAUUUUUAAAAUAAAAUUUAUCUUCUUGGAAUUAUGCCAUAACAUACAUAACCCCCAAAAUAACGCAAGAUAAUGGAAGCCUUAACGAUUGAUUGUAAAAACCUGACUAAGAUUAAUAAAUACAGUCAUGUGCCACCGGAAUCUCGGAGAAACAGGCUUGAAAGCUUAGAUGAAAAGGUCUUCAUGAGUUUCUUCCUUGACUGAUCUUAAAAUCUGAUAGACUUGUAUAAUAAAUAGCUUAACUUCUUUGUCUGUUAGAACUGAAUUCGUUUUGUUUGUAAUCUUGAGAAAAAACGCUUGCGAACACUUUAACUGGAGACUCGAAAAGUAAUACAGCGGCCACAAAAAUUAAUUACAAAUUUAUGACUAUUUUCAGAGUCGAACCUAAAACAUAUUUAUGCCCGCAAGCAUAAAAUUCCCUACUGUUUUAUUAUAGAUUGUAGUCUUCUGCUUGACUGCCACUACUUGAAAACGCAAAUCAUCCUCGUCUGCCUUCUUCUGACUCUGAAACAAAUCACAGCCAUUGGUAAGCUACUCAUCUUUGUCCAGAUUUAUCGCGGCCUGAACACAAUGCCCAAGUAACUUAUGAAAUAACGAAUUUAUGAGGGAGUUUAGACUUUGUCGGAAAUAUCAGCAUUAGGCAUUGAUAUCUUUUUCUGACGGGAAAUUUUAGUUAUCUCGCUGAUUUGAUCCGUAAUCGUUUUCUGCCCAAGAUAACCACGUCCUAGAUUUCGCACCAAUUUUCGCCUGUUCGUAAGAAGAAGCAACAUGGCUUCACGGAUUUUACCGCGAUAUAGCUGGUUGAGUUUCCUUACUCAAGGUUUUUCACAAAUAUCUUGUUGCAGACUGUUCGUACUCUGCAGUCCUGAAAGGCGAUUCCUGUUUCGAGCCCGGUGACCAUGUGACAGAAGAGGGAUGCAGACGACUUAGCGAAGAGUGUUGUGUUCAUAUAAAAAACAAAGUAAAAUUUAAAUGCCUCAGAACCAAAGAAAAACAGCCCCAUAAAGGUAACUAUGGAACAAGCUAGUUGAAAAGGCCAUUACCCUGCCAUCAACUGAAGGAAAUGAGUAUUGAUUAAAGAUUCCCCCGCGAAUCAUCUACCCGUGGUAGAUGAUUUAAAUUCUAUGUCAGUAUUGAACUCUGGACAAUCGGUUCUAAAGGACUGACAACAAGUAGUAGAUGAUUUUAAUUUGCAAUGAUAUAGUAGUCUAGUCACUGUGGUCUACCCUCUUCCACUCUUUGUUGUGGGAAUGAACCCGCCCGGGGUCAGCGGUUCAGCCCGUACAUGGGGCACGAAAGGAAGAAUUUAGGAACUGGGCAAAAUUAAAUAUAGGAAGUGCCCUUAUCCCAUAUGACUUUGGAAACCUUGCAUUUAAACAGGCAAGAAGCAAUCGAACUAAAUUAAAAAAUGCUGAAUUUGGAAUUUCGCGUGCGAUUUAAAAGGGCAAAUAUACGAAAUAGAGCAUAUGCCUGACCAAUCACCAAAUCAUUUUGAAAAAAAUACCUUCGCUCCUUUAAUAUUUCUUCCUUUCUUCAGGAGGCUGCAGCAAAGUUUCAUUAGUAGAAAGAAGACCACUUAUGAACCAGUUUUUGGAAGGUGACGUUCUUCUGGAGUUCAGGGUUGUCUCUGAACUCCAUUGCUGGGACCACUGCAUACGGUAUAACUAUUGCAAAGCAUACAAUUAUCAUCAGACCAGUGAUCCGUCAUUAGAAAACUGUCAGUUGUUAAAAAGUGAUAUUGGUCUGUUAAAAGCCAGAGAGGGUCACACAUAUUACGUUAUAUCCGAGCAAAACAAGGAUUCACAGGUGAGGGAGUGGUCAUUAUUUGUUACGGGGGGGAGGGGUCGGAAGGUUUUUUUUUGGUUUUCAGGGGGAACAGAGUGGGGAUCAGUCGUCGCUAACAGAGCAUAUAGGGAGACCAGGCCAAUUUUCAUUGCUACGGAGCCUUAGGGGGGAUAGGGUAAAUUUUAGUUUGAUACGAACCAAAUCCUCCUCUCUCCCCCCCCAGGCAAUGAAUAACAACGUACCGUUCCCUAAGUUUACUUUUCAACUUUUUUAACUGUUUCAGGAUCGUAAAAUAAUCAUGAUUAUGAUUUCUCAUCAUAUAAAUCCUAUAAGUUAUAUCUUAUUUCUCAGAAUUUGCUGGGAAGUACGUGUCGCUAAAGAAUGCACCGAAAUCCUCUCGAGAUUCAUACUGACAAUGGACUUGACUGAAGGAGACAACAUAAAGAGGACUUUAAGAAGUUAACGAUGUGAAAACGCGACGCCUCUUUAAAGGGAAAGUUACGUGACAUACAUAGAAACGGCUGCGAAGGAGACUUCGAUAAAACGUGGAGCCUCAGGAACAAGCAAAAGAUAACAUGAUUCGAGGAAGCUCGCCCAGACACGCAUAAAGUCUUUCUCUCAGAAUAAUUAUCAAAAGACCAACUUAAAUCCAAACAUCCAUAUUUUCCUCUACAGGUGAUAAAGAGAUUUUCUAGGAUCAGUAUCAGUGUCUGGGUAACGGCCCACCUACCCCUCCCUUAACCCAACAUUCACCCUAGCUUGUUAUCAAGGGUAGGUGGGCAGUUGCCCAGAUACUGAUAUUAAUCCAUUUUCUAUACCACAAUUAAUAAAGAAAUUGAUUUUCAUUUUCGUGCUUUAAAAAAGCUUUUUCUUUAUAUUGCAUGACAACAUGGUUAGUCGAUCAAACAGACUGUCACGCUUUCUCAGGACGUGAUUGAAGUAAAUUUUCCGAUUGCAAAAAAAAAUGGUAUGAUCUUCGAAGAUAGCCUUGUUAAAGUAACUAAUGAACCUGUUUGAGAGUCGUUUUCAGUAUUCAGAUUUAAUAUUAACUGGUUGCUCAGUUGUUUAUUUGAUAUAACCAGCUGUUCGUGAUUAGCAUAUUACGUACAAUUAAAUAUUCAAAACAACAAUCAAUUACACCACUGAAAAACCGAAACGUUUUAUUCGUCAGACGUGUCUAUAUUAACUAAAGCAGUUUUCAUUUUUCAUCAUUUUUAAAUGAUACAAAAUGCCCGAAAGAUCGCUGAAGAAUUGGUUUAAGCUCGCCUUUCACUUGUUUGUGAGUGACCAGUGGGAGAAAGUCGAAGAAAUCGUGCAGGAUAAUGAUUCCACGUACAGAUGGCUGAAGGAGCAGAUCCUACGCGAGGUAUGCAAAAUUGAGGAAAACUCUUUCCGGAGUUUUCUCGGCUCCGCAGCGCUGAAUAUCCGCGACAGGUUGAUCACCAUAAAACACGUGAAUCCAGGCGAAGAAAUUUUCAGCAAGGUCAAAUUUUGGCUGAACCAGCAGACGGGAAAAUUUGUCUUAGAAGACAGUGACAACGCGACGGAAGACAGAGUGAUAGGAUGCAAGAUCGCUUUGCUCGAGGCUUCGUUCAUCUACCUCGAUGAGAGUGAGAUGGUCGCGAAUUUCUUUCGCCAUUUGCUGAAUAAGCUGCGAGGUAUCGCCGGGGUUAAUUCAGCCAUUGAAGAGAAAAACAACCCUACAAUUUUGGCCCAGGUCAAAGUCAUUGACGAUGCAGCGAAGGAGUACGUAAGAAGUAUUGGGCAAGAACUUGGGGAUUGGCCCGUAUUUGAUAUCUCCGCCGAGGCCCUGCCGAGCGAGAAACCCGAUUACGAGCCCCCAGCGAUUUGGUGCUUCGGUGAUUAUGGCAUGGCUGAUGGUCAGAUGUGCUACCCAGAGAAAGUAGCCAUUGAUAAAGAGGGGCAGUUCCUUGUGUUGGAAGAGCACACGAUCGGAAUGGGAGGCGUAGUGACCAUCCAACGUAUCCAGCUCUUUAGCGCUAAAGGAAAAUUUUUGAAAUGCCUAUUGAAGCGAGGCGAAGGAAAGGUCAAUGGUAUGACAGAUUUCUGUCUCACCAAAGACGGAAACAUUCUUGUCGCAGACGAAGACGAAAACGGCCACGGAAGGAUUCAGAUAUUCGAUUACGAAGGCAACAGGCUUGUGCAAAUCAUUCCGGAGGUCCAUGACCCAGAAGUUCAUCCCCACUUCGCGAGCGUUGCUAUUGAUUCCAAUGGUAACAUUAUUGCUGGUGAUUCCUCGAGCUAUAGGAUCUACAUCCUGAGCGCUACUGAAGGAAAGACCCUCUGCAAGUUUGGAAAGUUUGGUCGUGAAGAAGGCGAAUUUCAGGCCAUCAAUCAUGUCAGCUGUGACGAUUCCGGUAAGAUCUAUGUGUCCGAUUCAGCGCUGCACAGAAUCCAAGUUUUCAGUGGUGCCGGUGACUACCUGAGUUUAUUUGGUCCAAAGGGUACUCACUUGCGCUUCUUGCUGUUUGAUGCUGCGAGGGGCGAGGUGUAUGGCUCGGAUUACAGAAAUCACAAGGUGAAAGUGUUCUCCAUGGCUGGGGAGCCGCAGAGAGAGCAUGGGAAAUAUGGCACCGCCCUGCACGAGUGUUGGUUCCCGUUAGGACUGGCCCUGAUGCCUGAUGGGAGGAUCGCGAUAGCCGAGAGAGAGAACCACAGGAUCACAGUGUUAAAGAUUUAAGGUGAGCCAAAAGCUAAACGAAUUCUCGAUACAGGUCCCAUCCUCGAUUAAUAUCAUAUUUGUACUUCAAGAGAAACGGAUUGAUGGUAUAAAACAUACCUAGUCAUAAAUCUUUUUGCAGCUUAAAUAUAGCCGAGUAUUUUGUAGGAAUUUUUAGCGGGUAACUAGUUUGAUUCCCAAGGAAAGUGAUGUUUUAAACGUCCUGCGCUUGCGCCGACUAAAGACGUUUGCUGUUUCGUCGUACUCAACAGUAUUUAAGUGAAUAUAUAUCAUGCGUGUCAUCUGCUACAUGAAAAGCUGCGAGUUUGAUCUCAAUUUCAUAUAGAGGAAUGGAUCAAAAGCUUUGCAUUCAGAAAGCAACGUCGUCAUUGAUCGGUUUGACAAUCUCAAACAGUCCAAAUCGAAGCGUUUUUUCUUCAUCUCUGGAAACAAAAUGUGCACAGAAUUGCAACUUUAAAUUGAAACAGUUUUUAUCGAGAAAAUUCCUAAUACAGUGACAAUUUUUUUUACAAAUUUUGUUGCUUUAUCAUAUAAUCUUAUUUUCUUUGCAGAUGACGGUUGAAAAGUUGAUGGUGGGAUGAUUAAGGAAGAAGAGGGAGGAUUAUGGAAAAUCUCUGAAAAAUUUCAUUCAGUGAAAAAAAUGAUUCGAAUCAUCCUCAUUUUUACUAGGUCUUUCUCAAAGACAGGCUAAAUAGUUAGCAAAAUAUAUUGAGGAAUUGAGUAGUCUAAUUUCUCGCUUGUACUGGUUUAAAAAAUACACUCAUCUGAUUAAACUGGUGUUAAAUUGGUGGAACUGUUGUCUUUGCUUUCUUAUUUUUUUUGGUCAUUUUCCCCAGUUCUUAUAACUAUGAAACAGAUCAAUGAAAAAAUUGAAAUUGAAAAUUGAAACCAAGCGCUAAUUACUCGACAGAGCCUACGGUUU